AGCGAUAUCCAGUCCGCAGUUGCAACGUACCAAAAUCGAAGAACUACCUCCGACAGUGGCAGGGACCUGUACGGUCGUAAUCCGAUUUAUCCUCUGUUGAUACCAGCGAGCGAGCCAGGCACUGCCACACUGACCUACAAUCACAACGACAAGGUUACCGUUCUCCAUCUCAUCCGAACUACCAUUGUUGACCAGCAGCACUCGGCAAACGGAUGCCAGUACUAUCGCCAUGCCAACCUACCUUAUGCUGCACCGAUGCUGGUCAGCUGUGAUGAUCGAAUCAAUGGCACGAUCUACCAGGAUGAUGCCACAUAUCGUAUCGAGUAUGAUGCUUCCGCAGGACUGCAUUUCAUUGAAAGGUUGCAGGAAACACGACACGACGGGAUGGAUAUGGUACGGCAUCGUGCGAAACGUAAUCAUGAAGGGUAUAUCAUCAGAGGUCCUUAUCAGGCGAAUCGGCACACCCGCUUCGUCGAAAUGGUACUUGUAGUGGACAGAGCGUUUUUCCAGAGGUACGAUAAAGAUGAGUGGAAAGUAUACGAUUACUGUACCAGUAUCGUGAAUCAUAUCAACAUGAUAUACAAUCCGCUGAACAUCUUUAUUGCCCUGACGCGCGUCAUCGUGUGGAAGGAGCGUGAUGAAAUAGAGGUUUCCAAUAACUCGGAGGCGACACUGGCUCGAUUUCUGAAGUACCGCGAGCGGAAACUACUGCCUGAAUAUCGCCACGAUCAUGCCCAACUGCUGACGGCGAUCGAGUUCGAUGGCAAUGUCAUCGGCAAGGCCAAGGUGGCCAGCAUGUGCUCGGACCGGAGCUCUGGUGCGAUUAUAUAUGUGCAUACGGACAACGUGGAGAUGCAGGCGAGUACGGUGGCACACGAGAUGGGCCACAGCUUUGCGAUGGAGCACGAUGACUUAGAUAGUUGCCACUGUCCGGACGCAAAGUGUAUCAUGUCCAGCUCGGUAUCGGCACCACUGAAGCACUGGAGCAACUGUAGCGUCGUGCAGCUGGCCUCGGCCUUCCAGCGAGGUCUACAGACCUGCCUUAAAAACCGUCCGACAUACCUGGCUAUACCGAGCUGUGGCAAUGGUUUCGUCGAGCCGGGCGAAGAGUGCGAUUGUGGGCUGGAGGAGGCGUGCGAAAACCAUUGCUGCAAUGCGACGACUUGUACGCUGCGUCCGGGAGCCCAGUGUGCCACGGGUGAGUGCUGCAAUAUGGAAACGUGCCGGAUACACGAGGCUACAACCGUUUGUCGACCGGCCGAGAACGAGUGCGAUCUGCCGGAGUACUGUUCCGGUGAGUCCGAGUACUGUCCCGGCGAUGUGUAUCGGCGCGAUACGGAGGUGUGUGCGGGCGGUGAGGCACAUUGCCUCAAUGGUCGCUGUCGGACUCGCAACGACCAGUGUCGAUUCCUGUGGGGACCAUCGGGCCGGGCUGCCGGAGAGGAGUGUUACGCGCUUAAUCUACAAGGUACGAAGCACGGUAACUGCGGUUACGAGGUAAACCCGGAGGAGAGCUACCAAAAAUGCAAGCGGGGCGAUGAGCUAUGCGGUGUGCUGUUCUGUCACCUUUACCAAUCGGAUCCGGGGACGGACAAUGUCCUCUUUCACGACCCCCCAUACAGAAGGGACGUUCUCAAGCAAAACGUUUCGCGUCGGUACAUCCACUGUUACUCGACGCACGUCGAUCUGAUCGACGAUGGACACGGUCAGCAGCCGGCAUUCGUACCCGAUGGGGCUCGCUGUGGCGCGGGGCGAAUGUGUUAUCAGAAACGGUGCGUAAGCAUCGACCACCUGAAUCGGAAGCGGUGCCCACACGAUUGCUACGGACGAGGAAUUUGCAAUAGCAACGGAAACUGCCACUGUUCACCGGGCUACGAUCCACCUUUCUGCGAGUAUGUCGGGGUUGGUGGAUCGAUCGACAGUGGACCACCGGCCCUAAUAUCGCCAGUAAGGCAUUAUUUAACCAUCACCGCGCUCGUCCUGCUAGUCUGCGUAGUCGUGAUCGUUUUGAUCAUUCUCUGUUUGCGCAUUCCGUACCACCGACCAGCGACGGGAUUCUGUGACGCGAAACGUUGGAUACCGCGCUGGGGCCAACCGUGGCGGUUUUACAGAGUGCGUGGCUCAAGUCCGAGAACCGUCCCGUUGCAACCACCGGCGGCAGGUGCGAUCAAUCACCAUAACAUAUCACUGCCAAGCUUUCACUCCUCCACCAAGGAUAUCACCAACGAUCGACAAUUUCGUCCGAUCGAGCAGCUGAGGACGCCGCUUGCUCCGGAAAGCGGAAGGAAAAUUACGGUGGUGAGGAAACCGGAAGGAUCUUCCAAAGAUCCUCCGCUCACUAUCGAGUAUCCUGUAAUUCCAUCCGUGGGACCAGGCGUGGGCACGACUGUGGGUCCGGCCGUGGUUCCAAGAAAAUUAAGCCAUCGACAACUUCCGGCGCAAUGGGGACCUCCAAUACGGAUUCAUCAACCAAGGAUGCACUGAACGCCACGUGCCCGUAACUGCUCAAAUCAACUGGAACAAUAAGGGAAAGAGACUUAAGAUUUUAGACGAAGAAGGUUGCCGCUGCCAUUCACGUUCCUCCUAACGAACCCUCCUUACGAACAAUAAAAGCCAUUUUUUCUAGUCCUAGUUAUAGGCUACUUUUAUCAUA